AUGAAAAAGCACAAGUACCUCCAACUAUUGAGCCAUCUCCAGAACAAAGGCAUGCAGUUGUGCCAUUCCCUCAGAGACUACAAGAAAUCAAAAGCAGCGAAGCAAGCAAGCAAACUUCAGGACAUAAUGGAGAUGUUCAAACAGGUGAAGAUUAAUCUCCCAUUGCUUGAUGCAAUUCAACAAAUCCCAGCUUACGCUAAAUUUCUGAAAGAUAUGUGUACUCAGAAGAGGCGUUCAAGUAGCCAUGUUCCUAAGAAGGUGCUAUUAACUGAGCAAGUCAGUUCCAUAAUCCAGCACUGCACUGCUCCAAAAUUCAAAGAUCCAGGUGCUCCAACAAUUUCAUGCACAAUAGGGAAUCAUCAAGUAGAGCGAGCUCUUUUAGAUUUGGGUGCAAGCGUAAACCUUCUUCCUUAUUCGGUUUACUUGCAACUCGGAUUAGGAGAAUUAAAGUCUACCUCCAUUAUUCUCCAAUUGGCAGAUAGGUCAACCAAACAGCCUCGUGGUGUUAUCGAAGAUGUGAUCAUCAAAGUAGAUAAAUUCUACUUCCCAGUGAACUUUAUUGUGCUCGAUACUGAGCCAGUUCUGGAGCCAAGGAGGCACAUUCAAGUGAUCCUUGGUCAUCCUUUCCUUGCGACAGCAAAUGCGAGCAUAAAUUGUAGAACUGGCGUCAUGGACGUAUCUUUUGGCAAUAUGAAGGUGCGCUUAAAUAUUUUCAAUGCCAAUCAAUGCCCUUCAGAUAAUAAUGAUUGUUUUCUGGUCGAUGCCAUCGAUGAAUGCGUUGAAGAGAUGACCCCAUUUGCCUUGACAAAAGAUCCACUAGAAGCAUGUCUAUCUUACUUUGAUGCUGAGUUAUUUGAUGUUGAGAAAAGUAUUGAAGAGGUGAAUGCCCUGCUUGAUGUGGCGAGUAUGCACAACAUUCCACCAUGGAAGAUUCCUAUUGAGCCACUUCCACAAUUGUCAAGUAAACCACCAAUACCAUCUUUGGAGUCUACACCAAAGCUAAGAGCUGAAGUAGUUGCCCUCUUAUCUGAAAUAUACAUUUCUUGGGCCAGAAAGUACUCUUCCAGUAAUUAUUUCGACAGAGCUAUCAGACGUACAAGAGGAGAAAUUAUUAGAAGUACUAGCCACCCAUCGAGAAACUAUUCGCUAGAGUGUGGUUGA